AUCAGGUGACCGCCGUCGCCUAGCAACAGGACGCUGCGUCCGCUGCUCUGGUUUCUCCUGCCCAAAGCCGGUUUUCUGCUAGAGGCCAAAUGUCGGAGGAAAAUGCCCAAGACUGCGCAGGGGCCGUGGAGCCGGAGGCCGUGGAGCCGAAGGCCGCGACCCCUCUGGAGAAGACCAGCGACUACUACAGCGUGAGCGAGCACCUGCCGGUCAGGUUCAAUAACCCGGGGUGGUUUCGUGGCUACAGGACCAAGGAGGUGGUCUCCCUGUACAGGACCAGUAACCAGGCUUACGGGAGCAGAGCACCCACUGUGCACGAGAUGCCGAAGGUAUUUUAUCCGUGUUCGACUAAAUUUUCCAGACAGAUCUUAGCUUGUGGAGUGUUCCAGGACAGUUCUUUCAAUGUCUGCAUGGAGAAGAGCCUGGUGACAGGCCCUGACAACUACGUCACCCACUGUGACCGGCUCAACUUCCACCCCAGUUACAAUGUCAGUAAGCCGUCCAUCUGUGACUGAGGGGGCCGGAUGCCCCUGCCUGGGUCUUCUGAUCCAGCUGCCGCCUUCCGGAGCAUCGUGGUCCUGAUCCCUGACAGUUUGCCUGGCCGUGAGAUGCAGAUUUCACUGCUUUCCCUGAAAAUAUUUUCCUUUCUGGAAUAAAAACACGUGCAUA